GGCUAAGGGAAAUGGCCCUGGAGGGGUCCCGUGCAGCCGCAUAAAAUUGGCAGCUUCAGAACUAGGGGGUAGGGUGGGGGUGGGGAGGUGGGGUGCGACGCCUAGGGGCGGAGAGAGGGGCGGAGGAGCUGCUCUCUGAGUCCAAGUCCGUGGGGCUCUCUCAGAGAUCCUCAAGUCGGAGCAGAGGUGGCUGGCAGGCCCAGCCAAUUGUUCUCUGCUUUCUUUCCACUGCCUGCUUUAUCGGACUGGAGUCACGGCUGCUCUGAAGGGCUUGGUCCCGGACACUAGGGUGCACAAACCCACUGAUGCCGCGAGUGCUCGCAGGGCUUCCAGCUAACCAUGCCACAGCCGCCCGCAGCUACCUUGGCGCUGCCCCUGCUACUGCUGCUGCUGGUGGUGUGGGCAACGCCCCCGACUAGCGCGCGGCCCUCCCCUGGCCCGGAUUACCUGCGGCGAGGCUGGCUGCGGCUGCUGGCGGAGGGCGAGGGUUGCGCUCCCUGCCGGCCAGAGGAAUGCGCCGCGCCGCGGGGUUGCCUGGCCGGCCAGGUGCGCGACGCUUGCGGCUGCUGCUGGGAAUGCGCCAACCUCGAGGGCCAGCUCUGCGACCUGGACCCCAGCGCCCACUUCUACGGGCGCUGUGGUGAGCAGCUUGAGUGCCGGUUGGACACAGGCGGCGACCUGAGCCGCGGAGAGGUGCCAGAGCCGCUGUGUGUCUGCCGCUCGCAGCGCCCGCUCUGCGGUUCCGACGGCCGCACCUACUUGCAGAUCUGCCGUCUGCAGGAAGCGGCCCACGCUCAGCCAGAAGCCAACCUCACUGUGGUGCACCCAGGGCCCUGCGAAUCGGAGCCCCAGAUUGUGUUACACCCAUAUGACAUUUGGAAUGUGACCGGGAAGGAUGUGAUCUUUGGCUGUGAGGUGUUUGCCUACCCCAUGGCCUCCAUUGAGUGGAGGAAGGACGGCUUGGACAUUCAGCUGCCAGGAGAUGACCCCCACAUCUCUGUGCAGUUUAGGGGUGGACCCCAGAGGUUUGAGGUGACAAGCUGGCUGCAGAUUCAAGCUGUGCGUCCCAGUGAUGAGGGCACCUACCGCUGCCUGGCCCGCAAUGCCCUGGGCCAGGUGGAGGCCCCAGCUAGCCUGACUGUACUCACACCUGACCAGCUGAACUCCACAGGCAUCCCCCACCUACCAUCCCUGCACCCGAUUCCUGAGGAAGAAGCUGAAAGUGAAGAGGGAGAGGAUUACUACUAGGUCCGAAGCCCUGGCCCAUGGGGGGUGGGUGAGUGGGGAUAAUGUUCAUCCCUACUCUUGCAAAGAUCUGAGAAGGGGGAGCAGAGCCCCUUCACAGAAUGCCUUUAAUAAGGAAGACAUAGUGGUGGUGGGGAGACAAAAAUUGGGGGAGGGUAAGGAGAGAAGCAGAGACUAAGGGAUAGGGGCGAUGAGAUGCAAAGGGUUCCAUGCAGGAGAUGUAUGGACCGACUAGGAAGUAGGUAACAGCUUCCUGCUAGUCCCUGGGCAGGGUGGAGGGUGGGGUGAGGUGGGAUAGAGUGGAGCAGACACAGAAAGGUGCAGACCACAGGUUCCUCCCUUGCUUUCCAGCAGCCCUUCUUCUAGCCCUGCUCAUCCAGUCUUCCUAACUGCCCUUCUGCACAGCUCCUGCUAUUAUUUUCCUAGUCCCUUAUCUUUGCCUUGCCUCAGUUUGCCCUUUCUUAAAACUAACCAUCUAGAAAUUUCCCUAUCUCCUAAGUCCCAGUUGCACUUACUAACUGCAGUCCUCUUUGCUGUUUACCGUAUGCUGUCCAGGAGAGCACAAUGGAGCAUGAUUUAGGUUAGUGCAGUAAGAUGGGCAUAUGGCCAUGUUUAAUUUUUUCUGUCAUUCUGGAAACUCCAUAUCUUAUGUCACUUUGUACUGAACAAUGCCUAGCACAGGACUAGGCAGAGUAAGCACACAAUAAAGAUUUAUGAACAAA